AUGGAUACGAUACAGGAUUACGUAAAAAAUUUAAAGGAAAAUAGUUUUUUUAAGUCAUUUAAAAAGGCACAUAAAAAAUACAAAAGUAACAUAUUAAACAAGAUGCCAAGUAACAGAAAAAUAUCUCAAAAGGUAGAUGCCUUUGACAAUAACAUAGUUCAUAGGGGAAACGUUCCAACCUCAUUGGUAAAGAAGGAAAGGAAACAUCCAGUAGGUCCUAUACUUCUCCUUGUUUUUAUUUUUGUUGUCAUUGGUUCAGUUAUCGUUCAAAUGCUCAGCAUGAUACAGAAAUCCAAAGUAUUUGAUUGA